UAUACAUUAUGGACAUUUCAUCCGAUAUAGUCGAUACAAAUUUGUUUGAGAAUUCUGGUAGUUCGUUUUACUUGUAAAUUUUGUCUGGAAUUGAGGUUAGACUAUGAUCGGAAGGGUACAAAACGUACAGAAAUAAAAACUGUAAAUGUUUUUGCAUUUUAAAAGUCUAAAUGGCUAGUCACGUAUAUAAAAAAAUGGCGAACCUACCAAUAAUACAUAAAACGAGAGAGGAUGACGUUCUCGAAUGUUUUCUUUAUCCCAAAUUUUGUUAUGCAUUGAACACAGAUAACAUAACUGAAGCACAACUUAAUGAAGAAAUUGAAAGAUAUUAUCAAGAAAUAGCACCUUAUACGGCUGAUUAUAUUUGGCAUAGAGAUGCCUUAGUAUUCCGUCCAAGAACCAAACAAGCAAUGAUGCUAGAAAGAAUUCUUGACAAUUCUAUGGUUAUAGAAGAUCAUCAAACUGUAGCUCACAUUUAUGCAACUUUACGUUUUGAUGAAGACAUAGGAGAUGAAUGGUUUACAGUAUUUCUUAUAUACAAAUUGACAAAAGUGUUUGACGGAUUAAUUGCUAGAUUAGUAGAUUCAGAUGGUGAAUUUCUUUUAAUCGAGGCUGCAAAUGCAUUACCUUUAUGGGCUAAUCCAGAGACUUGCCAAGAUCGUGUAUUUAUACAUGAUGGAUUACUUCACAUUAUUAGAGAAAAGGGAAAAUCAUUUGUAAAUUUGUUGAAUAACAUUAAUCGUAUUCCACAAAAUUCUAGAGUAUCGGAUAAAGUACAGAGUAUAUUAAAUAAACGCAUAGAUAUCUAUCCAGAGGAAAUAUGUAAGAGGAAACAUAAGGCAAGAGCUUUUUUACCAGAAAAGGCUGCAUCUAUUCUACGACAAGAACCAGGACUUAUUGGACCAAUAAUAAGAACAAUUUGUCAUUCGGAUCCAUUUGAACGUAAAGUUUGUCGCGCCAUGAGGUAUUUUCCACCUGAGCAACGUACCAUGGUUAAUGUGAAAAUGACUAAAUGUUUAUAUGCAUUGGCAUCGCAUAGUCGAUAUACCGGCGAUCCGAGAACAGGUUGGAACUUACCUCCUGCAAGUAGUUCCAAAUAUAAUGCAUAUGUUCUUGGUGUUAAAAUAGCAUGUGGUCUAGAAAUGUUAGUAGCGCGUGCUAAUGAGGAACGUAGAAAAAGAGCAACAAAUGCAUCAGGAAUAGAUAAUGAAGGAAAGUCAAUAUCAAAUGAACAUUCGUUCAAUGCAUUUUUGUCUCGAUUGGAAGCUAGUGGGUAUUUCAAAGAUUUGUUGGAAGGCAGUCAAGAACGUGAAAAACUUUCGAUUAUAGCAAAAGACUACUUUUUAAAACACUUAAAUUUAGAUGAUACAUUACUACACAAUGAUAAAACAGAUGCGGAAAAAGUUUUAGAAGCAUGGGAAAAUAUACAAACGAAUGACGUUGAGAUGUAUGCCCAAGAUGAAGGUACAUUAAGUCCUGCAGACAGUGAUAGUUGGCUGAAUAUAGAUCCAGCACAAUUAGAAAUGCUUUUGAAUCAACAAUGGGGAACUAGUAAAGACAAAAAGCACGAACAUGAACCAUUGAGUCUUAGAGAAAAAGUACAAGCCUUUCUCAAUCAAAAUAGUGAUAUUGAUGGCGUACAAUUUGUAGAGGGUCAAUCAGCGGAUGAUAGUACGAGGCAUGAUCCAGAUGACAAUGGAAGAAUAGAAUUUGAUGCUGACGUGUUUGACAGUACUUUACGCGAUAUAUUAGAUUUAGUUGUGCCAGGUGGCGAAGGAGAAUUUGAAGGGAGCUCAGAAGGUUCAUUAGGUGGUGAUGAUGAAGAUAAAGGUGGCGAAAUGGAUAAAUACAUGCGAUUGUUAGAUUCGCAAUUGCAAGCAGAAUUAGUAAAGGAGGAAGAACAUAUUGAUAAUAAACACACCGAUAUAGUAGAAGCAAAUUUAAUGGAAAGUAUUCAAGGGGAAUCGGGUGGUUCUGGUCCAACUGGAAAUAUAAUUGGCGGUCCCAUUCGACGGCUCAUGCAUUUGCAAUUACAGUCUCCCACAAAAGUACCUCCUGAUUUGCAAAGUUAAUAAUUGUUUAUUGAAAGUUAUAAAAGAAAGUCAUAAUAAAUCAAAUUCAUCUUUGCAUGUAAAUAUUGAUGUAGGCCUUACUGUUUGAU